AUGGACGCGGCAUACAAGAGAAUCAAUGGGGACCAUGGCCCAGACGCAGAGAAAGAGGGCACAAGGAGGCGAAGGGGCUCCAUGUACUUGGAGGAGGAAACCAGCAACAAGCCAGGAGUUCUCUCCUGCAUCUUCUCCCUGAAAGAGGAAGUGGGAGCUUUAGCCAAGGCCCUUAGGUUGUUUGAGGAGAAGGGCAUCAACCUGACGCACAUUGAGUCCCGUCCAUCGCGAAUGAAUAAAGAGGAGUUUGAGUUCUUCAUCAGUGUUGACUCCACCUGCUCCCAGGUCCUGGAUGAGGUCAUUGAUGGCUUACGUACACAAAUCAGUGGCCACGUGCAUGAGCUCUCACGCAACAAACAGAAGGACACAGUGCCGUGGUUCCCUAACGACAUCCAGGACCUGGACCGCUUCGCCAACCAGAUUCUGAGUUACGGCUCUGAGCUGGAUGCUGAUCACCCUGGCUUCACAGAUACCGUGUACAGAGCCCGCCGGAAGGAGUUUGCCGACAUUGCCUACAAUUACAGACAUGGUCAAGUUAUUCCCAGGGUGGAGUACACAGAGGCGGAAAAGGCCACAUGGGGCACGGUGUUCAAGGAGCUGAAGACCCUGUACCCGACGCACGCCUGCCGCGAGCACAACCGGGUUUUCCCCCUGCUGGAGAAGUACUGUGGCUACAGGCAGGACAACAUCCCGCAGCUGGAGGACAUCUCCCGCUUCCUGCAGUCAUGCACGGGCUUCCGGCUUCGCCCUGUGGCCGGCCUGCUCUCGUCCCGUGACUUCCUGGCUGGGCUCGCCUUCCGGGUCUUCCAUUCCACACAGUACAUUCGCCACGGCUCCCGGCCCAUGUACACACCCGAGCCGGAUAUCUGCCAUGAACUCCUGGGACAUGUUCCUCUGUUUGCCGACCCUAGUUUUGCCCAGUUCUCACAGGAAAUCGGACUGGCUUCCCUUGGCGCCCCUGAUGAGUACAUUGAGAAACUUGCUACUGUCUACUGGUUCACUGUGGAGUUUGGCCUGUGCAAGCAGGGCUCUGAAAUAAAGGCUUACGGAGCUGGCUUGCUCUCAUCAUUUGGAGAGUUGCAGUACUGCUUGACAGACAAGCCCAGGAUCAUGCCCUUUGACCCGGAGAAGACCAGCAUGCAGAAAUACCCAAUCACAGAAUUCCAGCCGGUUUACUUUGUUGCUGACAGCUUUGAAGAUGCUAAAGAGAAAGUGAGAAAAUUUGCAGCCACGAUCCCCAGGCCUUUCACAGUGCGCUACAACGCCUACACCCAGAGCAUCGAAGUGCUGGAUAACACUCAGCAGCUCCGAAACCUGGCCGACAGCAUCAGUAGUGAGAUGGGGAUAUUGUGUAACGCCCUGCGGAAACUGGAAUAACUGCACAUGAUGUUUGAGUUGCUGCACAAAACACAGAAUCUCUCAUCUCUUCAUAGAAGCUGUCAUUUGUUUAUUAGGCUGCUGUACUCUUACACUUAGCAUGCUUGUCAAUUAGCUUCUUUUGUAUUAAAAAAUGUAACCCAUAUAAUGGUAAUAUUACUUUGCCCUUAGUAGGAAAUUGUAUUUUAGUACAGUGAAUGAUAUGUAAUCUGUUUCUCUGAAUAAGUAUGGAAAAAAAAAAAAACUCUACAGAAGGAGCAUUUCCUGAAAAUGCAUGUGACAAGCUCAGUAGUUUGCUUUUGUUGUGAUUUGAAGAGGCCAGUGUAGUAUAAAUUUUGGCUGAGUUAUACUCAUUUGAAUGCGGUUCAUUCACUCUGCUUACAUGCACUUUAGUAAUCAGAUUAUUCACCAUGUACAGGUAGUUGUAUGAAUUCUCAAAUAUCAUGUAAAGGAAGGAGAAAGACAGUUCUCAUGAUCAGGGUAAGGGAUUAUGAAAAACUCCAGUCCACAGAAGUAGAAAUCUGAUUAUUGGGCCAUAUAAACUCUUAUUCAAAUUCUGGUCGAUCAAUUUUGCGUGUCCACAUGCAGAAAAAGAGAGCAGAUAAGGAAACCAACUUGAUAAACACCAUAAUAACAACAUAAUAUUACUAUUAAUACAAUAAUACACUUUUUUCUACAUGGUAGUCAAAGAAUGCUUUGUAACUGUAUGUCAACCUGAUGAAAAUGUAAGGAAAUGAAAAACACAUCUGCUGCCACCUGCCUCAUCCCUCCGGGGGAAGUUGGAGGAACAUAUCUGGGAGGUGAGCACCCCAAGAGGCUAGCUGCUGCCCGGUGCACUUUGCCGGCUGCGGGCAGGCUGCAGCACCGCUGUCGGGGCGGGGGGACCCACCUGCGGCUCAGCCAGAGUAUACAGGGUUUUUGAGUAAUAAGAAUAAGAUAACACAUGUCAACGUGCUAUCAGCUGAUUUCCUUCCAUAACCUGGUAACCUGGUUUGCUUGUGUGCAUGUAAAUGUGAUAACUGUCUUUAAUGCACCUCAUAAGUAUCAUUUCACCAUGAUA